AUGGAUAACCCAGCUCCAACGCCUAUACCCCCUGUGCUACCGAUUCAACUCUAUAUGACAUUUACUAUUAUAUGGCUGAGACAACAACAACACGAUUAUUAUGCCUACAGAACACCGCUCCCCACAAAAGCCUCAUAUGAUUAUGUGGUGGUAGGUGCCGGAUCUGCCGGCGCUAUAGUGGCCUGUCGUUUGGCUCAAAAGGGAAAAGAUGUGUUACUUCUGGAGGCCGGGGGUGCGCAGAAUUCAUUAACUGACGAUCACCCUGGUUAUUACCUACAAAACUUUGUCUUAAGCGGUCCAUCGUUUUGGCCAUAUUCAGUGGUCCCUCAAAAUGUGGGUAAGGGGUCGCCAGUGUUUCUCGGGUCAAUAAAAGGUCGUGUAUUGGGCGGAUCGUCCACUAAAAACUUUAUGAUGUAUAAUAGGGGUAAUCGUAAAGACUACGACAAUUUUGUGACCCAAUACGGGGCCACCGGGUGGGGCUAUAACGAUGUAAUGCCCUUAUUUAAGUUAACUGAAAACAAUACAGAUCCCAAUGUGAGCGGUAUAUAUCACGGACGUAACGGUCCCAUUGGCGUGUCCUCGGUGUCCAAUGUCUCUCCGAUUGAUAAAAUAUUUUUAGAGACCCUUUCAACUCAAGGAUUUUCUUAUACUGACGUGAAUGGGCCCACACAGGCGGGCAUUAUGUUACUCCAGUCCACUAUUAACAGGGGUUUGAGAGCAUCGACAGCCACCGGAUAUCUCGAGAGUAAUAUCUGUCCCACAGUUACUAUAGUAACGAAAGCAACUGUCAAUAAAGUCCUCAUCAGUUGGGAUACGGAUGGAAAGCCGAUUGCAUACGGCGUUCAGUUCAUUAAAAAUCUCAUCACAUAUACAGUGUUAGCCAAUAGAGAACCGAUUGCAUACGGCGUUCAGUUCAUUAAAAAUCUCAUCACAUAUACAGUGUUAGCCAAUAGAGAAGUCAUUUUAUCAGCCGGACCAAUAGGUUCCCCACAAAUACUAAUGUUGUCGGGAGUGGGACCUAAGGAUCAUUUAACAUCUAAGGAAAUCGCACCCAUAUAUGCGGACCUACCCGUCGGCAGCACAUACUGCGAUCAUUUGACACUAAUUAUGCCGGUAUUCCUACGGCAAGCUGGUUUGGACCCUCCCUUUCCACAACUUAUUCCCAAUCAACUAUAUGAGGACGACGUGUUGGCUGCCGGCCCUAAACUCAACCGCCAGUCCAAUAUCGACAUAGGUUUACAAGUUGAGUGGUUAACCUAUUUGUUAACCGUACUUACCAUGGACACCUAUGUAUUUCUCCCUGCGCUGGUUAGACCUAAAAGUACGGGUACAGUGAGAUUGAACAGUACAUCAAUUUAUGAUAUCCCACUCAUUGAUCCCAAAUAUUUGGACAAUCCUAUCGACAAACUGGCAUUUAUGGAAGUGGUGUCCGACACCUACCGUUUUGUAGAGACAUCCAAAUUUUCGCAGUACGCUUACGUCAACCCACAACCCAUACCCGGCUGUAAAUAUUGCGAUAAAGGACCUUGCCAAAUUGAACAAAUGGGUUAUUCAUAUUAUCAUCCGGUGGGCAGUUGCAAAAUGGGUGACCCUUCCAGACCGGACACUGUAGUCGACCCCCGGCUACGAGUGAAA